UUGAUUGAGCUUGACUUCUUUGAACCCACGAUUCUAGCUGAACCAGAACAAGCCGAUUUAUCAGAUGAUGAAGAAGGUUCUCAAUCAUUUGAUGAUGAACCAACUUCAGACGAUGAACCAUUCUUAAACGAUGAUGAGAUGUUUGCAAUAUCCAGCUCUACUAAUAUUAAUUAUGAUUCAAAUCAGGAUAAUACGAAUAUGGAUAUAGACAAUUUAUGGAUUCUUCUUUGGAUCUUUAAAUAUCAAGAAAGGUCAAGAAGUUAUUAG